GUCUUUUUGCGAAACCGAUCUGGUUAGAGACCUCCUUGACCAUGGACCACGAUGACACUCACACUCUCGCCAAUAAUUAAGCCCCAACCGCGCAGCCUCUCGCUGUCGCCCCGCUCGUUGUCGCCGUCGUCCAUACCGUCGUCGCCAUCGUCGGUGCACUCGUCGAGCUCGGCCAUCUUUGAGCGUGACAUCGAGCCCAUUUCACCGCCCCUGCCACCAGCACAUCAGAAUCCUCAUCGCAUACCCCGUGCAAAGGCAACAGAGAGCUCCGUACCAUCUGUCCUCGACUCAGCUGCCGCAAUCCUGGUAGAUUCGCAUACAAGCGAUGUCGAUGUCGAAGUGCUCACUCCAGCUGCCAGCCCGCUGGUGAGCCGCAGUCCGUCUCCAAGGGCCUCGUUGCUGCUCACCACGUCAUCAUUGGGUCCGCCAUCUCCCACGAGCAUCGCCCGCGAGCUUUCUCCGGCUCCUUCCCCCAAGAUUCUGACCAAGCGAUUGUCGUUUUUGUCGUACAGUGAUCUCCUUGCUUCCAAUCCGACAAAUACAGUGAUGCUGUCUUCUUUGACCUUGGAACCGCCCACACCGCCUCACAUCCUGACCUUGACGGACGGUGGCACCUUGAAAGGCUUCGAUGAGUGGGAGAAAGAGGGGCUUGGUAUGGGGCUGGAGGAAAGACUGGAAGCUGUCAGCGGGGCUACAAGUCCCAUGUCGAUCAGGAGCCGUCCUGUGAGUGUCGUGAGAUGUUGAACGGUUUUCUAUACCCCACGCUGCUGCUGUUAUAUUCGCCAUUCCAUCAUCUUGUUCAAAUCAUGCCUUAUCCCCUUCGCUUGGAAUUCCGAGUAUGUGCUCUCCUCUAUCCUCUAUUUAUCUACAUCGUGCCGCCAGUUAUCUUAUUAUACGUGUAUGUACCAACUACGAACCUGCCCUUUCUACGAUACAUAAUGUACAUGCAUUCCUUUGUGAAGUGUUUAUUCCUUCUUACCAUUUUGUCUGUCUAGGUUAGGAUUGUAAAUACGUUGAUUAAUUGGGAAGAUAUCUACAUUGAGAUAGCAAACAUAUCUUGUAAACUCGGCAAGGCAGUUCAACUAGUAGUCACUCGAGGGAGAACAGAGCGGC